AUGGAUUGCUGGCGGCGGCGGAAGCAGGCGAGGAUGGAGAAAUGCGAGUCGGAAGGUAUGCCGGAAGCGAGGUUUCUUCUUGGCGUUCAGAGGGGGAUCUGCGUAGUUCCCGAUCCUCAAUGCUUUGUUGGUUUAGUUUUAAUUGUUGAUCUUUGCCGACAGAGGUGAGCAGCAUCGAGUGGGAGUUCAUCGAUAUGACGGAGCAGGAGGAGGAUCUCAUCCGCCGGAUGUACCGGCUGGUCGGCGACAGGUUGAGAGCCUCGCCUCUCAGAUCCCAUCCAUCCACUUUCUUCUUCAUCAUCUUCAUCUGCAUCUGUAUCUUCUUCGUCUUUAUCCUUUUUCUCUUAUAUGAUGCCUUCCCUCCUUUCCAUCGACGAUGUAUAUUCUCCUCCGAGACGCGCGGCAGAGAACACCCCAUCCCUAAUCUGUUACACCCCCAACGCCCAAACGGACGAACGACUUCUCAACUGCAUUCUCCCCACACCCUGAGGCUUCCUCCGCAGCAUCCGUAAGCCGUACUGCCUUUAGGAACCACAGGGUAUACAUAUCGACAGAUAAUUUCAUAGAUAGAUUGAUGUGCCUCCGUUUAAAAAUUAGAUUGUUGCUUACUGCGAUCAUUGCCGGUCGGCUGCCGGGAACACCACCCUCAUAAUUGAUCUUUAGUAUCACCACUUCCCCCUUAAUUAGUCCCCCAUUUGUCCCAGUGACGACUAAAAUGUGGAAAAAUCUCUGGUCCCUAGAUCGGCUGUCAUCAUAUCUCCCAUCCCAGGUCCUCUCCUCCAUUUCUGACGACUUCGAUGCGAUGAACACCUGGUUUAUCGUAGAGCGAAGAACGCUCGGAUCAUGCUGUGUGCUCUUCCAUUUCGUUUGAAUGAAGUGUGAAACAUGAUUUUCUGUGUAUGAAUCCGCCAGUUCACUUAUUUUCUCUGUUAUGUCCCUCUGUUGUUGUUCUCGUUCAAAACAAAAUCUAUUCAAGACCAGCUGACACGGGUCGGACGAUGGCCGCUGUUCUUUUCACCAGGUGGACCUUGAUAGCGGGGAGGAUCCCCGGCCGGAAGCCGGAGGAGAUCGAGAGAUUUUGGAUUAUGAGGCACUCGGAGGAGUACGCCGAGAAGAGAAAGCAUCGGCGGAGCUGA